CCUUGCUUGGGCAAAGGACAUGUCCAUACAUAAUCCUGGUGGAUAUCAUUCCAUCCCUCCCGCCUUUACUCUCAUAUCCUGGUAAUUAACCCUGCUAUGGUUCCGUCUUGCUGGAACCGCUCUGCUUUGAUGGACCAUAAUUCCAUGUCGAGCGAGGAUUGCUGUGCCUACGUUGAUUCCCAACCCGCAUGAGGCUUGCCCGUCUUCCAUCCUUCGUUACUUUCGCCUCAACUAGUCUAGUGUCAUCAAACAAAAAAGUAGAGUUUACGCCCGGCGGUCAUUACCGGGCAUCAUCUUAGCUGGCCGACUUAUACAUAGUCGAAGCAGCGUCCUGCCCAUCAGUUCUUGUUAUUCACAAAUCCGAAACGAUUUCUCCUUGCCAACAUAUUCUUUGGCCCAUCUGCUCGGAGCCUGGCAUCUUACCAUGCUAUCUAUUACCGAGCUACUGGUUCCCGCACCCUCUAUCACGCUAUCGUACUCUGUACCACCAGCUCGGCCCUGCCUUUCACCCAGGUCAUCGGAAUUCGCUUAUUGCAUGGACACUUCGCACAAGGCUCCGACUUUGCCAGUUCUAUCUUUGAAUCACCUUAGCUCGGAACUUCUGGCUCUUGUGUUCGAACAGCUUCGUGAGAUAGACUCACCAACACUCACGUCUGUGCGUCUAGUCUCUAAGAGGUUUGAUGCCAUAGCUACACCGAUCGCCUACCGAUUCCUGAUCUUGAACGAAUCUCUCGUCGCACCAGAUGCUGAACAACGCUAUCCUAAUGUCUCUCGACACAUCUCGCAUCUCACAAAUCAUGUCACAAUACGAAGCAACUUGGAUCCCACAAGAAUUACCGAAAUAUUAUCUUGUAUCGAGCGAUUAAAGUCGGUUCGAUGGCAAUACAUAGAUGGCGACAUUCCUGCAGAGGGCCUGUGGUCACCCUCGGAGCUCCGUCGCCUGCAUAAUUGCAACUCGAAUAGCACCCAACUAUACAUCGAGGACCUCCCCCUGCGACGAGACUACAAUGGUAAUCCGUUGGACACUUUUACGAGAUCGAUUCCCUCAGAGCUGUUGGCGUCAUUGAAGCUUGCCAAUCCGAUGCCGGUCCUGUCAACGAGGCUCAACUCGUUAAAGCAGCUUCUGGUCCAAUCUCGACAGCUAAAAGUAUUACGCUAUGAAGAUCGAGGUCAAGGCACGUGCUUCAGAUUCUCUCCCGGAGAACGAAUGCCGCCCAUCGUCGACUUGAUGCUACGGUCAUACGACUGGAGCCAUACAGCUGAGGAUGUUCAGAAACAUUGGGAUUUCUCCAAAAUACAGUCGCUCGAGUUGAUUUCUGUGCCCAUCUUCAACUUUCUUCGCUCAGUACCUUUCCGAGACUUCUCCGCGUUGCAUACACUCCAUGUGGAAGACUACAGUGCCCAUCUGUCUGACAAGAGAGAAGAUGCCACCAUUGGGUUGAAUUUGUUGGUGAAAGAUCAUAUUGAGGCACUCGAGGUCUUGAACAUCACUUGCCAUACCCGAUUGUUCCAGCUUGAUUCUAUUGCGGCACAUCGAAAGUCGCUACAGGUGCUACGACUGAGGGACCACGUUGGGUUCUCAGAAGAUGACCAGAAAUGCCCAACCCUGGCACCCGUUGAUUUAGCUCAAUUGGGUCAACGGUUGAAGUUUGUUCACACUCUUGAACUUGACCUAGACACCAGACUAUGCGAUCCUACUACCUUUCUCAGGGCAAUAUGUGUCUUCCCAGCUGUGCACACGCUGACCUUACACGUCCAGACCAUAAUCCACCCUCUAGAACAGGUGUCUCCAGGAAUCGACCGUGAUCGAGAGGCUGCGAUGCAAACCUUCAAACUACUUGUGCAGGAGAAGGAGAGACUCAGCUCACAUACGCCUUGGAAGCGUAUCGUGCUCAAUGUCGGAGGUUGGAAGCGAGUCAUGGUGCGACGGCUGGGUGAUGUAUGGCGAAGAAGGAACGAGAUGGGCAUUUACGCGGAAAGAUGCUUUGUCUAUGAACGAGAUGCCCGCGACGGAAAUGUCACAGUACGCGAAGAGGUCUGCGUUGAGAACACAAGUCGGGGAGGAAGCCCAAGCCCUUGAUGGUACCACCAUGACGGCAGCGAAACUACCCAUCGAUGCUCUCACCGAAACGCCAUCCACGUUGCAACACCUCGCUACCAGUUAAACAUACACAUGCACAUCGGCAAGGACAUUAUAUUAGAAGAAGCAUCACAUCAACAUGCGUCUAUUGGGCCAGACGCCUGGAAAUAUAACGAAGAAACGACUUGAUGAGCAUAACACAUAAACAUAAUAUACUUAUUACAUACUUCGCCCAUAUUUCGAGUUUCACUCCCCAACCCAUGUCCUAUUCUCUAUCAUUCGAGUCUACACGCUUUACGCUACCUCAAUGGCAACCAGCCUUUGCCUGAAGUCACUG